CUUUGUGGUUUACCCUUCUAUGGUAUGAUAGUUAUUGUUAUUGUUUCAUCAGAUGACACCCGAUCCUGCAUCUACGCAGUGAUGCGGUUCCCAAAUGAAAUGAUUGGAACCGUGAGGUAUUUCUGCAUAUAACACCUGGCCAUUGCAGUCAUGCUGGUUGCAUGUUGUUGUGAUGCACACUGCAGGAGGCCCCGGUAGGUCCUUAACGCCCGUGUUUAAGGCGUAUGCCCGUCAGCUGUACAGAUAUAUAAACGACAUCCUCAAGUCUUUGCACAUUAUUGACUUCUGUUCUGAGCAGUUUGUGUAUUUCUUCUGUAACCAUGUCCCGUCCACUUUUUACCAUUGUCCUUCUGUUGGUCGGCAUCAUUGCGCUCCAGUCUACCGAGGGUCGUCGACGAUUCAAGAAGACACGCAAAACUGGUUUCAUGGGUACGAAGGACUGUGAAGAAGCAUUUGGCUCUGCCGCCAAGGAUCAUAAUUCUGCUGCUGGCAAGGAACAGUUCUGUACCACGUAUGUGAACCUGUGUGGCGACAUCAUCCGCACCCCUCUGUUCCCCGAAGCCGUGAAGUGUGGAGGCUGCAUCUUCGCCUGGAUGACACACUGCACAAAUCCUCCCCGCGGUUGACGCAAGAGUCACGUACAACCUUACAGGAGCGUGACUGCCGUCUUAGCUAACAGUUUAAGAUAGCAUGAUCUUAACAACCCAUAGGUUUGUUUUGUAAAGAAACGUUUCAGCUUGAUGUGUAUCUAGACUAUGCUCUGAUGUUACUAACUUGGGCGUGACUGCUUAAAGGAAAAUUAUUUUGUUUCUCUAUUCAUUUACGAAGUUAAUGCUCUUAACAUUUGAAUAAACCAUGUCAAUAUU